CUUCUGAGUCUGUGAUCUUCGGCGUCUUCAGCAUAUAGCGACUGUUUUGCCGUGGCUUUAUUGUUUAAUUUAUUAUUAAUUAAAAUGUUUCUUUGCCAAAAUAAAGAAUUGUAGCCUAUGUUUUGUCUUGGUUGCAAAACAAGGAGUGUUUAGCGUUGAUCGCAUUCGUCUAAAAAGUAAUAUUGCCAAGAUGGCUGAUAUAAAGGCUAUGUUUAACAAAAUGAAUAGUGCCACACAAAAUGGUACUAGUGAGGCUGCGCCUCCACCUGCCAAAACCCAGAAAGGCACAAUUGAGAAGAUAUAUCAGAAAAAGUCACAAUUAGAGCAUAUUCUGCUCAGACCUGACACAUAUAUUGGAUCCGUUGAGCGUGCAACGGAGACUAUGUGGGUGUUUGACAAGACAAAAGAGUGCAUGGUACAGAAAGAAUUGACUUAUGUUCCAGGUUUAUAUAAAAUCUAUGAUGAAAUCUUAGUGAAUGCUGCUGACAACAAACAAAGGGACCCCAAAAUGGACGUUAUUAAAAUUGACAUCAAUCAAGAACAGAAUACUAUUUCAGUAUACAACAAUGGAUGUGGCAUACCUGUGGUAAUGCAUAAAGAAGAGAAAAUGUAUGUUCCAACUAUGAUAUUUGGACAUUUACUGACAUCAUCUAACUACAAUGACGAGGAAGAAAAAGUGACCGGUGGUAGAAAUGGUUAUGGUGCCAAAUUGUGUAAUAUUUUCUCUACUAAAUUCACGGUAGAAACUGCAUCAAAGCAGUACAAGAAACAUUUCAAACAGACUUGGGGAUCUAAUAUGACAAAAGCUUCAGAACCUAAGGUUAAAGAAUCUGGUAAAGAUGAUGAUUUUACUAAAGUGACUUUCAGCCCUGACUUGGCUAAAUUCAAAAUGGAAAAGCUAGAAGAUGACAUUGUAUCACUGAUGUCACGACGUGCUUAUGACGUUGCUGCCUCUUCACUAGGUGUAAAGGUAUAUUUGAAUGGUGAAAGACUAAAAAUAAAUAAGUUUAAGGACUAUGUAGACUUAUACAUAAAAGGUAAAGAAGAUGAGAAUGGGCAACCAUUGAAAGUAGUUUAUGAGAAAGUGAAUGACCGCUGGGAGGUCGCACUGACUAUAUCUGAUCGAGGAUUCCAACAAGUAUCAUUUGUUAACUCCAUCGCCACAACUAAAGGUGGGAAACAUGUUGAUUCAGUUUCUGACAGUAUUGUUAAAAGUGUUCUUGAAGUGAUUAAGAAGAAAAAUAAAGGUGGAGUAAUGAUAAAGCCUUUCCAAGUGAAAACUCAUAUGUGGGUUUUUAUCAAUUGUCUCAUAGUGAACCCAACCUUUGAUUCACAAACAAAAGAAAAUAUGACCCUACAAGCAAAAAGCUUUGGCUCUAAAUGCAACCUCUCCGAAAAAUUCAUAACUGCAGUCAGCAAAUCUGGUUUGGUCGAGUCUGUUUUAACUUGGGCCAAAUUCAAAGCACAGACAGAGCUAGUGAAAGCAUCUGGUAAGAAACAAAGUAAACUUAAGGGCAUCCCAAAGUUGGAAGAUGCCAAUGAUGCUGGGACGAAAAAUUCUCAUCUUUGCACUCUUAUUCUGACUGAGGGAGACUCAGCUAAAACUUUGGCUGUGUCUGGACUUAGUGUUGUCGGCAGAGACCAUUAUGGUGUCUUUCCAUUGAAGGGUAAGCCUUUAAACGUGCGAGAUGCAUCACACAAGCAGGUUUUAGAGAACCUAGAAAUCAACAAUUUGAUUAAAAUCAUUGGUUUAACAUAUAAAAAGAAAUAUAACUCCAUUGAUGACUUGAAGUCAUUACGGUAUGGUAAAGUUAUGAUAAUGGCUGAUCAAGAUCAGGACGGAUCUCACAUUAAAGGGUUGAUUAUCAAUUUCGUUCAUCACAAUUGGCCAGAGUUAUUGAAACUGCCAUUUUUGGAAGAAUUCAUCACACCCAUUGUUAAAGCAACUAAAAAAGACAAAGAGAUAUCUUUUUACUCAUUACCUGAAUUUGAGGAAUGGAAGAAGGAUACAGAAAAUCAUCACACUUACAAUAUCAAAUACUACAAAGGUUUGGGUACUUCCACAUCCAAAGAGGCUAAAGAAUAUUUCCAGAACAUGGAAAGGCAUAGGAUUAGGUUUAAGUAUGGUGGUCCCACAGAUGAUCAUCACAUUGAACUAGCGUUCUCCAAAAAGGGAGCUGAUCAACGUAAAGAGUGGUUGACUAACCACAUGGACGAAGUGAAACGAAGGAAGGAAAUUGGACUUCCUGAAAGAUAUUUAUAUACAAAAGACACAAAAGCUGUGUCUUACUCUGACUUUGUUAAUUUGGAAUUGGUUCUGUUUUCAAAUGGUGACAAUGUUAGAUCAAUUCCAUCGAUGAUAGACGGGCUGAAGCCAGGGCAGCGCAAGGUGAUAUUCACGUGCAUCAAACGUAACGACAAGCGUGAAGUGAAGGUUGCACAAUUAGCGGGGUCCGUUGCAGAGCACUCUGCUUAUCACCACGGUGAGCAAUCCCUCGCGAUGACGAUUGUGAAUCUCGCCCAGAACUACGUUGGAUCGAACAACAUCAAUCUCUUAGAGCCGCGCGGUCAGUUCGGUACGCGUUUGUGCGGGGGCAAGGACUCGGCCAGCCCCCGUUACAUUUUCACCCUUAUGUCGCCGCUCACAAGGCUCAUAUUCCAUCCGCACGACGACCCUCUGCUUGUGCACGAAUUUGAAGACAACCAAAAGAUUGAACCUGUGCACUACCUUCCCAUCAUCCCGAUGGUGUUGGUGAAUGGUGCCGAGGGCAUCGGUACGGGUUGGUCCACCAAGAUACCCAACUACAAUCCGAGGGAUAUAGUUCAGAAUAUACGUCGAAUGUUAGACGGCGAAGAACCAAAACCGAUGCAUCCGUGGUACAAGAACUUCCGCGGCAGCGUCGAAGGGUACGGCGAUAAGUACGUCAUUUCCGGCGAGGCGGCCAUCUUGCCCAACGAGAAGAUUGAGAUCACGGAACUUCCGGUCGGCGUUUGGACGCAGAACUAUAAGGAGAAUGUGCUCGAACCGAUGUUGGGCACGGAUAAAGUGAAGCCUCUUAUAUCUGAAUAUAGGGAAUACAACACAGACACAACAGUACGUUUUGUAGUGACCUUACUGCCCGGCAAAUUGUCUGAAGUGGAAGCGGAAGGAAUCCACAAAGUGUUCAAAUUGCAGACUACUAUAUCGCUAACGUGCAUGAAUGCGUUCGAUCACAACAACUGUUUGAACAAAUACGAAAAAGUGGAGGAAAUUCUAAGGCAGUUCUACGAUCUCCGUCUCAAAUACUACUCUCGUCGUAAGGACUAUCUAGAAGGACAGUUGCAAGCGGAAGCGGAUAUGCUUUCGAAUCGUGCCAGGUUCAUAUUGGAGAAGUGUGAUAAGGGAUUAGUCGUUGAAAACAAGAAGAGGAAGGCUAUGGUGGAAGAACUCAUUAAGAGGGGAUAUGCCCCUGACCCUAUUGCGGAAUGGAAGAAACGAGCGAGCAAAAUGCAAGGGCUGACUGCAUUAGAAGAAGACGAAGCUCAAGAAUCUGAUGAAGAGCUUGAAGUCCAGGAAAAGGGGAAACCUGUGGACCCUGAAAAGGCAUUCGAGCAGUUGAAGGAGGUGAAGAAAUUCAACUAUCUCCUGGGAAUGUCCAUGUGGAUGCUCACCAAAGAGAAGAAGGACGAAUUGCUCAAGCAACGAGACCAGAAAUUGGCAGAAUUGGCGGCACUCAAACAGAAAACUCCAUCGCUGCUUUGGAGAGACGAUCUGGACGCUUUACUCAUGAAACUGGAAGAAGUGGAAGAGAAGGAACGUAGCGAAGAGUCCUCUACCAACAAGAAGUCGGCCAAGGCAUUUAAUGCCUCGAAGAAGAACCGUAAAUCUCUAAUGGACAUCGCACCAUCAGAGAACGGGAGACGGGUUGAGCCCAAGAUAUCCGAAGAUCUCAUUAAGCGGAUCCAGGCUGCGGAGAAGGCCAAGACCAGGAAGGAGAUCAAGAAGGAAUAUGAUCCGGAAGAUCCAACGGGAAUCAGUCCAUCCAGUGGCGAGAAGAAACCGCGCGGGCGCGUGAAGAAAGAGAAAGUGGAAAAAGAAAAACCGGAGAAGCCAGACAAGGACGGACUGAAGCAGACCAAACUCGCCUUCAAGAAGGAACCCAAAAAGCAGAAAAAGAUGACAUUCAGUGGCAGCAGUUCCGGAGAGAUGUCUGGUUCUGACGUGGAAAUAUCUUCACCGCCUGCUAGAACGCAGGCGAGACGGGCCGCCACUAAAGUGCAGAAAUACAAGGACGGAACUGACGACUCUUCUUCGGACUCUGAACCGGAGUUGUUGGACAACAAGUUGGAAGACGAAGCGCCCGUACCGCGAUCUCUGGAGUCCAGCGAUGACGAAGAACCACAACUGCAUGCCAAACAAAAUAAUAAGAAACCGGCUGAUAUGGACUCUGAUUGUCUAUUUGACUCUCUAAUCGAGGAUACUAAAAAGGAAGAGGAAAAAUCCAAACCAAACCACAAUUCCCACCCGACAACCACGAUACUGUCCAGCGACGAAGAAGUGCCAGUAAAGAAGCAACCUGCCAAGCGGAAACCUGCCAAUAACGCGGAUAAGCCUAAGAAGCGACCCGCCAAAGUGCUGCUCAGCCAAGACAGCGACGAUGACGACAGCAUAUUUGACAGUAAAAAGGACAAAAAGAAGGUGAACCCCAAGAAGAAAGCCAAGAAGAAGUCCUCCAGCGACUCUGAUUCCGAAGUGAUGAGUGUCGCCUCCUCGGCUCCUACCACCGCGCCCAGUGGUAGGGGCCGCGCCCGCCCCGCGCCUAAGUACAAGUUCAGCGAUGACGACGAAGAAUCCGACUAGCGGGGAAGCUAGAAGCCAUUGAUUCGGUAUUAUUUGGAACCGGUUAUAGAAAAUGAUAGCACAAUGAGGCGUACGAACCGUUUUGUGUUACUGUUGGUGAUGCAUUGUGUGUUUGCCCAUCAACUACAACAGUUCAAAUUAUUUUUUUAUACAUUUUUAUGUAAAGACGGUACUUUCCCGGCAGCUCAUUGACUGAGGCCGGGCGUUGAUAAGACCAUUUCACUAAACCAGUGAAUGUGUCAACUUUAAUUUAAUGUAGUAUUUCUAGUUUAAUACUCGUCUGCUCGCUUGAGAGUUGCGUAAUCUCGUUCAUUUUACAUAAGAAUCAGGGCAUGAUAGAAUGUCAUUUUUAGAUUUAUAUGAAACCUUUGAAAAUAGGUACAUGUUUAUAUAUGUUAAAAUUGACAAUUUAAGUGUCAUUUUAUCUCGCCGUGAUUGAUAACUAUAGAGUAGGCACAAUUACUCUUAAGUAAUAUUUAUAUAGUUUGACAUGAUUUCAAUAAUUAAUUAUUCAAACUUUAGCUCGAAAUCUUAACAAUUUGAGUGAGUUUUUCAAUAACAAUACUAUAUUUUGUAAAUAAUGAAUUUAUUUCAAUUUCCUUGUUUAAUACUUGACUUGUACUUUGCUUUUCGCAUAAGUCUGUCUUCUUUAUAUUGUUUCUUAUUAAUUUAUUGAGUGAACAAUUAAAGAAAUUAGGCAUUUUAUUACUUAUCUCGAGUUAGCUGUAGCAGUGUCAAAGCAUUACACUAAGAUUUCUCAAUAGAUUUUGAACCUUAUGUGUAGUUUUUUAAGGUUGAAAAUUAAUUGCAGAUGUAUGUGUAACUUAGUGCUGUUGCCUUGUACAUUGUAGUGCUAACCACUUCUUCAGUCUGCGUUUUCAUGAAUGUUAUUUCCAUUCCAUAUUGAUAAAUUAUUUUUGUAAUGGAUUUGUAUUGUAUUUUGUCAAUUACCUAUUACGAUUUUUGAUAAAAUUUUCCUAAAUUUUAUGAUGUGAUGUGGACAAACGAGUUUGACACUCUUUGUUGCUGGUAUUGUGACAUUUGAUGUUUCAUUUAUGUUUUCUAAUAGGUAUAAUUUGUUAAUUUUAAACAAUUUGUAAAUAAAUGAACAAUUUUA